CCUCCUACUGUCGGUUUGCGCACAUCACCGCCAUGUGGAUGAUCUUCAUUCUUUCAGCGAGUCGAACGAUCGGGGCCCCCGGGGCGUAUCCACGUGAUGUCACUUGGUCUCUCAAUUUCCCCUCAGGGUUAGUGGAUGACACCUUGUCAUCAAUCAUAGUUUUUCCCCUUCAUGAACGAAGACGAGGACAAAACAGGCCCGUCCUCAGGCUCACGCGCUAACACUAGUAAUGAUCUAUUUUGGACCGGGCGCGGAUCUGAUCAAGAGCAGGAGGAUGUCGGUCAAUGCCGGAUUUACCGAAUGAGGGCAAGGUUGUCGCCUAGGC